AUGCGUGAUAUUAUUGACCAGGGCAUUUGCAGCUGGGGCCAGGCCAUCCUUGCGGAAGGGGCAAAAUCGUUGCACGUGACGCCUAGCGGAUGCGCGAUAAUUGCUAGUUGA